AGCGGGGAUGUUAAUGCAUGCGGUCUUGGUGAACACUUUAUCAUGAUUGUCACAAAUAAAGCAGCUUCAUCGAGCGGCGACAUGACUAUCAAAAUAUGGUCGCUGCAGGACAAAACUUGCUUGCAGACUCUGAGUGGACAUAAUUCUGCUGUUUUCCGGAUUUUGUUUGUAAACCACGGAACACAACUUGUCUCUGCAGAUAGUGCAGGCAUAAUGAAAGUGUGGACACUAUCCUCAUCAGAUGUCGAAACGACGAUCGAGGCUCAUAAUGACAAGAUCUGGGCACUCUUGGUUAACCAUGAUGAGAGCGAAUACGUGACAGCUGGUACAGAUGGACGGAUCAUCAUGUGGAAAGAUGUUUCUGAAGAAAAGAAAAUUGAAGAAGAGCUGAAAGUAAGGAAACGUAAGGAGGAAGAGCAGACUCUGGACAACCUUCUCGAGCAAGGACGAUAUCAAGAAGCAUUGGAGUUUGCUUUAGGGUUGGUGAGACCAUUCUGUGCUUUGAAGGUAAUCGAGCGACUGAUUGAUGGCGACGAGCUUAUGUCUGCCAUCGAAAAACUGGAUAAGCAGCGACUACAAGUUUUGCUAGAUUUUGCUACGCAGUGGAACACCAAUAGUAGAACAUCUUUGCCAAGUCAGUAUGUUGUGAACUGCAUACUCAAACUCGUUCCUCCCGAUGAGUUGCUGGAGCUUCCAAAUAUCAGAUCCGCUGUCGAAUCACUUAUACCUUACACCAAAAGGCAUAUGGAACGGUUGAAUAAAGUACGGCAAGAUGUGUCAUUAUUGAAUUUCACUUGGAAUCAAAUGCGUUUGAAUUGA